AUGGAUAGCACCAGUGCCGCUACAAAGACAAUCACACGCGCCGAGUGGCAGACGAUGCUCGACUCGGUGUCUGUCAGCAAGAGCAGCCUGAAUCGCUUGGUGAUGAACUACCUGGUCAUUGAAGGGUACAAGGACGCCGCCGAGCGCUUUGCCUCCGAGUGCGGCGAGACCCCGACGGUCGACCUGUCCAGCAUUGAGGACCGCAUGUGCAUCAGAACCGCAGUGCAGCGGGGCGCCAUUGAGGAGGCGAUCGAGCUCGUGAACGACCUCAACCCGGACAUUCUGGAUACAAACCCAAAGCUGUGCUUCCAGCUGCAGCUCCAGCGGCUGAUUGAGCUCAUCCGCGCUGGCCAGAUUGACGAGGCGCUUGCGUUUGCCCAGAGCGAGCUCGCCCCGCGCGGUGAGGAGCAGCCGCAGUUCUUGGAGGAGCUCGAGAAGGCGCUCGCGUUGCUGGCGUUCGACAACCAGCGCACGUCGCCCGUCGGACACUUGCUCGACCUCGCACAGAGACAGAAGACGGCGAGUGCGCUCAACGCUGCCAUCCUGGCGAGCCAGAACCAGGAACGCGACCCGAAGCUGCCAAGCUUGCUCAAAAUGCUCGCCUGGGCGCAGACACAGCUGGAUGACCGGACAAAGUACCCCCGCAUUAACGACGUUGUGACGGGUGCACUGCAAGAUCCAGAAGAGUCUGCCACGUCCGGAUCUUCUGCUUCGGGCUCGGGCGCCGCGGGCACAUCGAAUGGCUCGGUUCCGAUGCGAAUCUAA